CUCUGAUCCCAAGCAACCAUUCCGUCAACAUAUUGAACCAUCAAUAGGCCUGUUAGAUUUGCAUUCGGACGAGAAGAGGACAAAUCAUGCAACCUUUCCACCUUACCGCCACCGGCUACAAUCUCAACUACCUGCCCCAAUAUAUCGCCGAACGCCAUGGUUUCUUUCGAGAUCAAGGGCUCGAGGUCAAAGUAACGAUCCCUACGCCGUGGGAUGGCGUUCUCGACGCACUCGCCGACGGCACAGCCGACAUGGCCCUUGGUGGGAUCUGGGUUCCGUCCAUGUACCGCAACAGAGUACAGGACUACACUGUUUUCGCGCAGAUCGCCAAUCGCUCGCCGCUUGCCCUUCUCCGACGGACCAGUUGUGAAAAGUUCAGACUGGCCGAUGUCGUUGGCGGCGCCGUCCUGAUGAAGUCCGGCGGCGGCGCCAGCGUCGGCCUCUUCUUCAAGAUGUUGCUGCGCGAGAACGGCAUCGAUCCGAGGUCUGUGGAUUUCAUCCAGGACCUCGACGGUGUGAUGCUGGGCAACCUGUUCCAGGGAGGCAUGGGCGACUUCUUUGUCACGGACAAUCUCUCUGCCCGGGCGAUCGCGGCUCGCAACUCCGACGUCUCGAUCGCCCUGGAAAUGGUCACUCAAGGCGACGUGCCCUGGAGCGUGUAUUACCGGGAAACGGGCACGAUCACCCCAGAGGUCCUCGAUAAGCAGAAGCGGUUCUGUAUCGGCCUCGGCAAGGGCGUCGACUGGGUGCUCGAGCGCGACGCGGAGUCCCUCCGCGAUGAACUCGCCGAGCUCUUCCCCAAUGUCCCCGUCGACGUCGCCGUCGAGGUUACCAACUCCUUCCGUCGCAACGGCAUGUGGACUACGGCCUCGAUACCGCGCAAGGCUUUCGACAGAUGGCAGCAGGGUCUCACCGAAGCGCGCCUGGUCAAGGAGCCUUUGGCCUAUGAAUCUAUUGUCAACGAUGGACCUGCGAGUGAAGCGAUAGCUGCAGGGGGAGCUCAAUAAUGUGGCCUGGUCUCUCUCCUUUUUCUGUACAUUUGUACACGAACGCACUCAUGACAGUGGUGGGCGGAGAUCAGUUAGUGCUUGUCCGCAGCUGCUGCCAUCAUCUAUCAGUAUCCUGUACACUGGUUGCCAUAGUCAAGUACUCUUCGUUACCACUACCACUAAG